AUGACACUCGUCGAGGAUAUUGAAAUCAUUCAUUCAAAAAAGAAAGCAUAUCCCGCAGCCUGCACUAGUCAUACUAACUCGACGCAACAUGAAAAAGAUAUCGGAUCCAUUGACGCGAAACCCAGUGAAAGUUACACGGCCUCGCGUAAAGCAGAUACCACGGCCCAGCCACUUGCAGUGACUAAAGAUGAUAUCUGCCAUGGAUGUUGCCGGAGACUUCCCCGAAUCAUCGAGAGCAGCUCGAAACAGAGUGGGGCGUGGCGAAUCCGUUCGCGUCCUGGAAAUCCAAACGCGAGAGACGCCGCCGCUGGAAGUGCCCCGAGACCGGACCACUCCCUCAUCCUUACGGGAGAACGAGAGUUUGGGCUUCUGAGAAUCAUAUUAUCAUAG